AUGCAUAACACACUGUAUUUUACCGCAGUGACAAAUUUCAGAUCGGGCCGGGCCAUUCUGACGGCCGAUCCGCGCUGCCCUUUAAUUCCGAUCGACAUUACUGACCACUACUACAAUAUCGAGCCCUCCUCAACCGCUGAAGCUGCGGAACGCCUCGAAAAGCUCGGCAAAUUAGUUAAGAAGCCGAAUUGCCAACAAGCCCAGGCAUUGAAGACGGCCGGUGCUUUGGAAAGGUAUCAAAAAAUCCGACUUUUGUAUGGCUCCAACGUUCUGCAAAACGCUUCGGAUGUCGGGGUUACAGUAACUCCAACCGAGGCUGUAAGUUGAUUUAUUGCAAGUAGAAGACCUAUAUCAAGUGUUCUAAUAACCUAUUUUACAAAAUUUCAAUUUUUUCCCGACCGAGAUCGAACCCGCGACCUUUCGAUUGAUAGAUUUUCAAAUUACCAGUUGCGCCAUGGAGACACAUGACCCCAAUUUUACCGGAAAUCAAAAUUUUGUUGUAAAAGUAUUAGUAUUGGGAUAAUCCAGGCUUCAAAAUUGAAUUUUAGUCCUUCUAACAUCCUAGGGCGCACGUUGCCACUCAAAAAUUUUAAAAAAUCCCGCUAAAAGUAAUCGAUAUCCGUAUUUUAGGUGGUUUUCGGAGAUAACGUGGUAGUUGAGAUUGAGUUCAAAAAUAAUUCACCCAAAUAUCGAACAGUCAACGUAUCAGUCCGAGUGCAUUUGCGAAAUAAAGAUGGAAAAGUUGGAACUCAAGUCAAUGGCUACAAGGAGACGUAUGAGUUAUCUUCUGGGCAAAGUAAGUAUUCAAGCCGACUAAAUUUGCAUUUACCAGCCAUUCUCAGCACUUUGAGGUUGUUUUAAGCAAUGCCAAAGGCUAUGCCAAAAGCGCGGGAAAUUUGAAAUUCAAAAAUAAAAGUCUCCCUAUGGCAAUAUAAAUUGAAUUCCUGAUUUACAGGUGAAUCCCUACGUCUACUGACACCAGUAUCCGAAUAUAUUCGGGUCUCCGGCAACGAUAGCUACGAUUUUGUAGCCGUGAUUUCCGGCACAGUGCAAGAGACGGGCCAAAUUUUUUUCCACGAAGAGAACUUUCAUAUAAGCACGUCAAUCCUUGGCAUCGUCGCACCGGCCACAGCAGUGGUCGAUCAAGUCGUAAUAGCCCUCAUAGCCGUCACUAAUCCCCUACCAGAGCCACUCAAAUAUUGCAAACUUGAGCUGACAUCAGGUCAUAAAGCUGAUCAAGUAGUGCAUGUCGACCGAAUGCCGAGGUAAAUUCAGUGUCUGACAGAAAGAACAGACAAAAUACUAUGUAAAAAUUUCAGCUGUAGCUUUAUUGUUAUAUAUUUUCAUACCUAAAAUCGCGAUGUUAUCUAUGACUCAUCUUUUAACCCUAAAUUUUCAGUGAGAUCGCUCCAGGGCAACGGAUCAAACUCCCAAUUAGAAUUCGACUUCCUUCACUUGAUCUACGUGUACUUGUGGCCAAAUUGCACUGCGAGCCGCUCGGAAAAGUGACAGCUACACACAUUUUGGAAGUAAAAGAAGAAUAAGAUGUUCAUGUAUAAUAUAAUUUCGAAAAAAGCGUUAAUUUUGAAGUAAACUACUCGUAAUCAUAUGUGUUUUACAAUUUACUGCCCACAGUAAGCGAGAAAAUUACCUAACGGUUGAGGAAAUACGUCAUUAUGACGUAUUUUUUGGAAUAAUUCCCGAAAAUUUCGCGAAUUUCGUGCUUUUAGGCGAAAGUUGACAAAACAAAUAAGUUUCUUCGGGAAAAUGUUUCGACAUUGUUGCGUAUGCCUUGUAAAAGGUGGUGUGUUAGUCGACCGGUCAAUUUUCAGGCUUGAAAUUUUAAUUUCCACCUUUUUAUUAUACUUGGUCUAAUUCAGGUCGGGAUGGACAAUUUGAUGGUGACGGUGUGCGAGAAUAUCGACAAUCAACGGCUGGGAAUCUAUGCCGGAGCACGAUUUGACUCGUAGGUUGUUUAUUGGUUUUGUUUUUUGAUUUUUAGGAGGUAAAUUUAUCUUGGACUGGGUGAAUUGAUUGAGCAUUGAUUUCUUUGUGUUUUUCGCCGAAAAUAUUGGGGAUUCUUGGUGUUAUUAGAUGUGAUAGGGGGUUUCAGUAUUUGCGGGUCAAAGUGACAUUUUUUUACAUAAUAAUAUCUGCGAGGGGGGUGAAUUUUUGAAGUCAGAGAGCUAUUUUGUUGCCUAAAUCAAUGUAUUUGUUAUAACUUGGCUAUAAAUGCCCGAAACAGCGGCAAAUUUUUUGAAUUCCACACUUCUGACCUAUUCUUUCCAGAUUCGAAGCUUUCCGCUCCACACUUGUCGAAUGGAUGGCCAUUACCCAUCAACGAAUGGCCAUCAACAGCUCCCGCCAAAUGGGUGUAAAAUACGGCGCUGAAGCUCGAGAGCGCUUCAAAUUCCGGAGUAUUUACUUCCGCUGUUUCCGACAUGGCCCUGGCCGUCGAACCGAACGCAAACAGCCGAAUCGAGAGAAGAAUGCGCGAGAUUGCGGGGCUUAUCUUAGAGUAGUCUUCGACCCGUCCGCGGACGAAAUGGUGAUCAGUACAUGCCAUUUGAAGCAUCGAUUCCACACUCCCUGCAGAGAGGAUACGGUGAAGAUGGUUGGGCGUCGAAGCCAAUGGUUCGAAUGGGGUAAGAAUUUAAUUUUUUUGUUUGGUUUUUAGAUCUGGUAAUGGUGAACAUAAAAUAAUGCCUAUUUUGACGUUUCAGUGGAAGAGCUGGCUCCGUCACGCGGCCAAAUGAUCUCUCGCUACAUUUUCAGCGAUGAAUUGUAUACACCGGACAAUGUUUUCGAGUCCCUCCAGCAUCUUCACCAUAUCGGAAAUGUGAUGAAUACCAUGCCGAUGAUCCGAAAACACCCAGCUGUCAAGUUGAUCAGGCGCAACCAAAAACCGAGAGCCACAAUCGAGCGGGAGAGAGAGAUUUUGGAGCGGUGUCUGCCGAAAAAUACGGCCAAUAUUCCAAUCAAGGACCUUCAACUCUUCACCAGUGCGGUUCAAAUGAUGAAAUUCCCCGCAGAACCGGAGAAGAUGGAUAUCAGUGAGAGUGAAGAGGAAGAAGUCGUCGACGAGGAGGAUUUGCAAGUAGCUAGAUACAUCGAGAUUUCCGAUAGUCCCGCCAAGUACGAGAAAUUUGCUCGGCGACCAGCCCAGGAGAAGGUCAACAACACCAUGAAGAAGACCAAGGCCCCUAUGGACAUAGUCAAAUUCCCUACGGAGAAGCGGAAUCUCACAUUGGAAAGCGAACAGAAGCUGAAAAAGUUGUUGGAUGACCUGGGAAAAGCUGAACCGCUAAUUGAUGUCCUUGGUUAA